GUCUGAACCUCUACUUCCCUGAUCAGAAGUCAUCAAGAUGCCUAUUCUGGAGAAAGCCCCCCAAAAGACUGAAGCAAAAGCUACAAGUACUGAGGAGGAUCAUGGGCUGCCCAAACUCCCAGUGCCCCCACUGCAGCAGACCCUGGCAACCUACCUGAGAUGCAUGAGGCACCUUAUUCCUGAGGAACAGUUCAGGAAGAGUCAGGCCAUUGUGCAGAGGUUUGGAGCUUCUGGUGGCCUUGGGGAGACCCUGCAGCAGAAGCUCCUGGAACGGCAAGAGAAAACAGUCAACUGGGUAUCUGAGUAUUGGCUGAAUGACAUGUACCUCAACAACCGUCUGGCCCUACCUGUCAAUUCUAGCCCUGCUAUCAUCUUCGCUCGACAACACUUUCAGGACACAAAUGACCAGCUUAGGUUUGCAGCCAACCUCAUCUCUGGUGUGCUCAGUUACAAGGCCCUACUUGACAGCCACUCUAUCCCCACAGACUGUGCCAAGGGCCAGCUGUCAGGACAGCCCCUCUGUAUGAAGCAAUACUAUGGGCUUUUCUCCUCCUAUCGGCUGCCCGGCCAUACCCAGGACACCCUGGUGGCUCAGAAGAGCAGUGUCAUGCCUGAGCCAGAGCACAUCAUCGUGGCCUGCUGCAAUCAGUUCUUUGUCUUGGAUGUUGUCAUUAAUUUCCGCCGUCUCAGUGAGGGGGAUCUGUUCACUCAGUUGAGAAAGAUAGUCAAAAUGGCUUCCAACGAGGAUGAACGCUUGCCUCCAAUCGGCCUGCUGACGUCCGACGGGAGGAGCGAGUGGGCUGAGGCCAGGACGGUCCUCAUGAAAGAUUCCACCAACCGGGACUCCCUGGAUAUGAUUGAGCGCUGCAUCUGCCUGGUGUGCCUGGAUGCCCCUGGAGGCAUGGAGCUCAGCCAAACCAACAGGGCGCUCCAGCUCCUGCAUGGAGGAGGCUGCAGCAAGAACGGGGCAAACCGCUGGUAUGACAAAUCUCUGCAGUUUGUGGUGGGCCGAGAUGGCACAUGUGGGGUGAUAUGUGAACACUCUCCAUUUGAUGGCAUCGUCCUGGUGCAGUGUACAGAGCACCUGCUCAAACACAUGACGAAGAGCAGCAAGAAGCUGGUUCGAGCAGACUCAGUCAGCGAGCUGCCGGCCCCCAGAAGGCUGAGGUGGAAGUGCUCUCCAGAAAUUCAAGGUCUUUUGGCCUCCUCGGCAGAAAAACUUCAAUGCAUCGUGAAGAAUCUUGACUUCAUUGUUUAUAAAUUUGACAGCUAUGGGAAAACGUUCAUUAAGAAGCAGAAAUGCAGUCCUGAUGCCUUUAUUCAGGUGGCCCUCCAGCUGACUUUUUAUAGGCUGCAUCGGAGGCUUGUGCCCACCUAUGAGAGCGCGUCCAUCCGCCGAUUCCAGGAGGGGCGGGUAGACAACAUUCGAUCAGCAACUCCUGAGGCUCUGAGUUUUGUGAAAGCUGUCACUGACCACAAGGCUUCGGUGCCGGAUGCAGAAAAACUGCUGCUUCUGAGGAAUGCUAUCAGAGCUCAGACAGAGUACACAGUCAUGGCCAUCACAGGAAUGGCCAUUGACAAUCAUCUGUUGGGGCUGCGAGAACUGGCCCGGGAAGUGUGCAAAGAACCUCCAGAGAUGUUCACAGAUGAAACAUAUUUGAUGAGCAACCAAUUCAUCCUCUCUACCAGCCAGGUGCCUACCACCAUGGACAUGUUUUGCUGCUAUGGACCUGUGGUGCCAAAUGGGUAUGGAACCUGCUACAACCCACAGGCAGAGAGCAUCCUUUUCUGCAUCUCCAGCUUUCAUGGCUGCAGAGAGACCUCCUCUACCAAGUUUUCAGAAGGGGUGGAAGCAAGCCUCCUGGAAAUGAGAGACCUUUGCAAUCUAUCCCUAGAGGCCCCAGGCAAGCCACCUGCAACAAAAGAAAAAGCAGCAAGGCUCAGUCAGGACCACCAAUCCUGACCCCUGGAACUAGGAUUCACCUCCCCACAAAGCAUUCUGUUGCCUCCAGACCCUAUGAAAUCCUUGCUUGCCAACCCUAACCCUGGUUUUCUGUAGCUCCUAGUUCUCAGGGUCCAGCACAGAACAUCUGGAGGCAUUGAAAGUUAGAGAAAAGAAUCCCUGAGUGUGGAUCUUUUUCUUUACCUAGCAACUCUCAGUAUGGACAUAGAGCAUAGACUGUUGUGGAAGUGGACUCCCGGAGGUAAGAAAGGUCCAUGUACUCUUCCCUCCAAGACCUGAAAGCUAAUAUUUUUGUUCUUUUCCCCUAUCAUGCCCUAACUAGUUCAGGUAACUCAUACCCAACCAAUGAGUGUGUCACCCCAUUACAUACGGUACUCCUAAGUGAAUCCUAAAGGAAAAAACCAUGUUCCCCAUCUUUUAGGGAGUAAUUGGAACCUCUACUGUAAAUUUAAAGCAGAGGUUUGAUUAUGCCAUUCAGGAUGAUGGACACUGAGCCAUACAAUCUUGUAAGCAACCUGCCACCAUUCUUAUGUGCAUGCAUAUACAGAGCCCAGCCCAAGCUCAUUGGAAAUAGAGUUCAUUCAAGCAAACAGUGUUUGUGUUCUAUUUCCAAUAAGCUUGGAAAUUUCUCCUUGUCACCUCCCAGUCAUCUCUAGUUGGGCUAUCCCAGACUGGAAUUUUUUUCUGCAAUUAUCCUGAGAUAGUUGCUGCUUGUGUGUCCCCAUGCCGUGCACAAUUACUCAAUGGCAUAGAGGAGAUCCUGUCUGCUUCCCUGAGAAUAGCAUCACUUCCAUUAUUUAGAAAUGGAAUAACUUCAGAAAGUCCCUUUCCAAACUCCAGUGGCUUUGCUCCCUAUAGAAUUUUCCUGAAAAGAGAAUGCUCCACCCCAUACAUCCCUUCCUGCUCUGAACCCAGCACUAUGACCUGUAUCGGGGGUGGGGCCGGGGGAUCAAUCACACUGUGAACUUACUCAACUCUGAAAACACAAAGUCUCAAGCCAUGAAUUUCUUGAACCUAUGGUUUUAAAUUGAGGAUGAUCCUUGCACUGCUCCUUCAAAGCCAUUGGACAAAUGGACGUGCCUCUCUGCACCCUUGUCUACCUUUCUCCCCCUGCAAUGUCUACCUUCCUGCUCCCUUGAGCAAUUCAAGAGUCCCAAGAAUAUUUAGGGAGCUUCAGACAACCUGCUAUAAUUUCACUCAGACUCACUUAUAUUCUUUUCCACAAAUGACCACAGUAGAGAACAGUGCUCUUUUCCAGACUCCUUCCAUAGAUUUCUGGGUAGACAGCCCCACUAAUAUUGACCCUGCUUAGAGAAUCAGUUGUUUCCAUUGGCAGAUGAAGACAAGAAUGAGUUUGUCACUUUGGGAAGACUGGAGGACCUGGUUGAAGUCCUUGUAUCUGUUGGUGGGCCCAGAGUUAAUUACGAGGAUGAAGAUGUCAUUACCCUGGGAGCAGGCAAUGUUUAGGUGACUCUUUU